AUGGCCACCACCGCGCAGUACCUGCCGCGGGGCCCCGGCGGCGGAGCGGGGGGCACGGGGCCGCUCAUGCACCCGGACGCCGCGGCGGCGGCGGCGGCGGCGGCGGCGGCCGAGCGGCUGCACGCGGGGGCCGCGUACCGCGAAGUGCAGAAGCUGAUGCACCACGAGUGGCUGGGCGCGGGCGCGGGCCACCCCGUGGGCCUGGCGCACCCCCAGUGGCUGCCCGCGGGCGGCGGCGGCGGCGGCGGCGACUGGGCCGGGGGCCCGCACCUGGAACACGGCAAGGCGGGCGGCGGCGGCACCGGCCGGGCCGACGACGGCGGCGGCGGCGGCGGCGGCGGCGGCGGCGGCGGCUUCCACGCGCGCCUGGUGCACCAGGGGGCGGCCCACGCGGGCGCGGCUUGGGCGCAGGGCGGCACGGCGCACCACCUGGGCCCGGCCAUGUCGCCGUCCCCGGGGGCCGGCGGGGGCCACCAGCCGCAGCCGCUCGGGCUGUACGCGCAGGCGGCCUACCCGGGGGGCGGCGGCGGCGGCCUGGCGGGGAUGCUGGCCGCGGGGGGCGGCGGCGCGGGGCCCGGCCUGCACCACGCGCUGCACGAGGACGGCCACGAGGCGCAGCUGGAGCCGUCGCCCCCGCCGCACCUGGGCGCCCACGGACACGCACACGGACACGCACACGCGGGCGGCCUGCACGCGGCGGCGGCGCACCUGCACCCGGGCGCGGGCGGCGGCGGCUCGUCGGUGGGCGAGCACUCGGACGAGGACGCGCCCAGCUCGGACGACCUGGAGCAGUUCGCCAAGCAGUUCAAGCAGCGGCGCAUCAAGCUGGGCUUCACGCAGGCCGACGUGGGGCUGGCGCUGGGCACGCUGUACGGUAACGUGUUCUCGCAGACCACCAUCUGCCGCUUCGAGGCCCUGCAGCUGAGCUUCAAGAACAUGUGCAAGCUCAAGCCGCUGCUCAACAAGUGGCUGGAGGAGACCGACUCGUCCAGCGGCAGCCCCACCAACCUGGACAAGAUCGCGGCGCAGGGCCGCAAGCGCAAGAAGCGCACGUCCAUCGAGGUGGGGGUCAAAGGCGCGCUCGAGAGCCACUUUCUCAAGUGCCCCAAGCCCUCGGCGCACGAGAUCACCGGCCUGGCCGACAGCCUGCAGCUGGAGAAGGAGGUGGUGCGCGUCUGGUUCUGCAACCGGCGGCAGAAGGAGAAGCGCAUGACCCCGGCGGCCGGCGCCGGCCACCCGCCCAUGGACGACGUUUACGCACCGGGCGAGCUGGGGCCGGGCGGGGGCGGCGCAUCGCCACCCUCGGCGCCCCCGCCGCCCCCGCCGGCCGCGCUGCACCACCACCACCACCACACACUGCCCGGCUCGGUGCAGUGACCCCGCGGCCCGGGCCCCCGCGGGCGCGUGGCGAGGCGCCGCGCGGCCUGAACUCUUCUUCUUUUUGUUUCUUUUCUUUUUUUUUCUUUUUUUUUUUUUCUCUCUCUCUCUCUUUUUGUUCGGUUGCUUUGGAUUUUACAAAAAAAAAAAAAAAAAAAAAAAAAGCCCAGAAACUUUCGAACCUAAACCAAACACCCGGACGACCCUCUCCGGCGAGCGGCGAAGACGGCCCGACAGGCUGCGUCGCCCGAGCCCCCGGGAGAGAGGAGCGAAGAUCCGGGACGCGCCAACUCACCCCGCCGCCUGCUCCCCGCCCCCAUCCCCUCGGAGACCCCCGCCUCCCCCUGCACCCCUCCCACCCCCGGGCUGUUCGGGGCCGGAUCCCGGCAGCGGCCUCCCCGCAGCGACAGGUAACGCGGUACGGGGUUAGGGACCCCCCGGGAGAGAGGAUGGAGACAGGAGGGCCCCCUCUCCCCAGCCUGCGGGUCGAGGGUGAGGGACUGUCGCUUAAUCCGCUCCACGCCUCUUCUCUCCCGCAAGGAUGCGCCCCAUCCCCCUUUUUACCCUUCCUCCGGGCUUGGUUUUGUUGUUUUUGGUUGGUUUUUUGGUUUUUGCUUUUUGUUUUUUUUUACGGUUUUUAUUUAUUCAUGGAGCCUCUCCCCGGCUCCUGGGGUCCUUCUAACUCCGCCCGCGCCCUUAAUUUAAAUCGCUGUAUACUGUAUUUAUCGGGGCCCCGGAGGGGAGGCCGCGAGAGCCGCGUCUGUGUAUAAAAGCAGGAAAUAGCCAAAGCUUUAAUCUAGCCUAAUUUAUUUUUCCCCCUUACCUCCCCCUGCCCUUACACCCCACCACCACCAUCACCACCACCACCAUCGCUCCACCCCCCCCCCAAAAAAAGCAAAACAAAAACAAAAAAAAAAAACUAACAAAAAAAAAUUCGAGUGUUCAUUUUUCGUUUCGUUUUAUCCGAGCUGCGAUUCGGUUCCCGGCCACGCGGGAGGGGUCUGCGCUCCCCACGCACACCCCCCGGGAAGAGGCUUCUGCCCCACUGCAGACUGACCGCGGCCCAGCAGGGCCCCCCCAUCCCACCCCUGCUCCCCGCGGGGCACUGCCCUCCUGGCCACCGACAAACGAAAACUUGAAAAAGUUGGAGGUAUUUUUUAACCAGCUGUAGAAAUAAGCCGUUCCCUGCGAACCUUCUGCCCUGAUUCCCGGCAGCCUUCACCCGCUCCCUCUCCAGCCCGACCUGGGAUGCGGGAUGCAGGGGGGCGGCCAGGAGAGAAAUUCCCCAAGUUUGGGGUGAGGUGGGAACCAUGUAAAUAUGUGAGAUAUGUACACACUUGGCGGGGAGAAGAAACAUUUUUGUGCUUGGUUUUUAUUUUUGGUUUUUCCGGGUUGCCCUCCAUCCCCAUCCGAAAGGAUUUUGUACACCGAAUAAUCCGAAGGGAAAAAAAUAUUUUAAUAUGAUUUCCAGAUUUCUGACCCAUCUCUAUUUAUUUUCUGGAUGUGUUUGGAGCUUCCCCCUUCUCCGUUUCUUCCGUUCUGUUUGUUACAGUUUGAAUUUAAAUUUUGUUAUUUUAUUUUUAUUAUUUUUUUGGAACAAUGUUUUGGUGCAUUCUUUGUAUCUUUAUUGCAAAAAUAAUAAUAAUAAUGUAGACUGGGAAGUUCCCUUUAUAUUUAUGUUAUAGUAAAUAUUUUAUUACUCACAUAAACAUGUACCCCAGG